AUGGCCGCCCGCUGCGCCACCCCGCUCCUCCUCCUGUGCCUCGCCGUGGGCCUGCCGGCCGCGUCGGCCGAGCGGAGCCAGGACGCACCUCUCGCCGACACCACGGCGGCGGGAGCGCUGCAGCGGUCCGAGCCGUCAGCGUGGCCCUGGACCGAGGUGCAGCACCGCGCGAACCCCAUCCGCAAGGUCGUCACCAUGCUGCAGGAGAUGGAGAAGAAAGUGACAGCGGAGGGAAAGGCCGAGGAGGUCGCGUACAAGGAGUUCAUGUGCUAUUGUAAGACCGGCGUCGCGGACCUGGAAAAGAGCAUCUCCGACGGCGAGGCCAAGAUCGAGGCGCUGGAGAGCAAGAUCAAGGAGCAGGCGGAGAAGAAGGCGCAGACGGAGGCCGACCUGACGGAGCACAAGGCGAGCCGCGCCGAGGCCAAGGACCAGAUGGCCAAGGCCACGGCCAUGCGCGACUCUGAGCACGAGGCCUUCCUGAAGCUCAAGUCCGACAGCGACACCAACGUCAGCGCCAUUGCCGCCGCCGUCGCCGCGCUGGAGAAGGGCAUGGCCGGGUCCUUCCUGCAGAGCGGAUCCGCGAGCCUCAUCCGCACCUACGCCAUGGAGAAGGCCACCAUGGAGGACGCGGCGCGCCAGAUGCUUCUGUCUUUCCUCGCGGGGGCCAGCAGCGAGGGCUACGCCCCGAAGAGCGGCGAGAUUACAGGGAUCCUCAAGCAGAUGGGCGACGAGAUGGCCGCCGCGCUCGCCGACGCCGAGAAGACCGAGAGCAACGCCGCGUCGACCUACGAGGCAAUGAUGAGCGCGAAGACCAAGGAGGUGAACACCCUCACUGCUCAGAUCGAGGAGGAGAUGAUGCGCCUCGGCGAGCUCAACGUGCUGGUCGCGGACGACAGCAACGAUCUCGAGGAGACGAAAGACACCCUCGCCGAGGACAAGAAGUACCUCGCCGAGCUGCAGAAGGGCUGCGCAACCAAGACGGCGGAGUGGGAGGCCCGGUGCAAGGUGCGCGCGGAGGAGCUGCUCGCGCUGGCGGAGACCAUCCCGGUCCUUAACGCGGACGACGCCCUGGAAUUGUUCAAGAAGACAUUACCAGCGCCUUCUGCCAGCCUCGUGCAGAUCCAGGAGAGCUCGCGUGCGCUCCGCGCCCGCGCGCUGGCCGUGCUGCGCGGCUCCCCGCGCCGGGGCGGCUCCGCCCUGGACCUGGUGAUGCUGGCGCUGCAGGGCAGGGCGCAGGGCUUCGAGAAGGUGAUCAAGCUGAUCGAUGAGAUGAUGACGAACCUGAAGGCCGAGCAGGCGGGCGACGACCAGAAGAAGAAGUAUUGCGAGGCGGAGCUCGACAAGUCCGAGGACACCGCGAAGGAGCUCGAGCGCUCGAUCGAGGUGUCGACCACGGCGAUCGAGGAGCUCAAGGGCGCCAUCGCAGAGUGGACCACGGAGAUCGCAGACCUCAAGGCGGGCAUCGCGGCCCUCGACAAGAGCGUCGCCGAGGCGACCAAGCUGCGCAAGGAGGAGAACGCGGAUUACAAGGAGCUGAUGCAGAACGACAAGGCCGCCAAGGAGGUGCUGCUCUGGGCGAAGAACCGCCUUAACAAGGCCUCCGCCAGCAUUUUCCGUGGAGGGAGCCCCGCCCUGCUGCCGCCCACCCUGGGGGCCGCCUGCCCCGGGGUUCUAUCCGACCGGCGCUUCCGCCAGUUGUACAAGGCAGAGUCUUUCAUGCAGGCCGCGCCGCAGCUGGUCCAGGUGGCCGCGCACGACCGCAGCGUGCGCGGCGCCACCGACGCCGCACCCCCGCCGCCGCCGGAGACGUUCGGGGCCUACACCAAGAAGGGCGAGGGGACACCCGCUUACGAGAAGAAGCUGCACAGCAACAAGGUACGCAGGGCCGCGAAGAGAGAUCACGACCUCGGCAACAAACCAGCUGUGGCCAAGCUGGCGAGGGGGGCGCGCGCCGCAGCUCGCAAACCCUUGGUGGACAAGUUGCGCGACCUUGAGAGCGUCCUGGACGCGCGGUCACGCCGCUCCAACCAGCACUACAGGAAUAUGUACACCGCCCAACACAAAGCCGCAGCGGCAGAGGCGGUUGCCAACCACUGCAAGGAGCAGCUCAAGCAGAAGGCGACCGCCCUCAAGGACGCGCGGGCGGAGCUGCGCGAGACGCAGGCUUCCUUGGAGAAGACGGAGGGAAAGCUUCAGAAGGCCAAGAAGGCGACCGAGAAGGCCGAGAAGGCGCUCGAGGAGGCCACAGCUCCUUGGGAGAGCUGGUGGCGGACUCUCCAGGUGCACAUGAAGUACCACUUGCCUCCUUGGGCGGCCAAGAAAGUGGUGCGCUUGGCGCGCCACGGCCCGCCCCGCGGCCACGCCAACGACUUGGGCUGA